UCCACACCUUCAAAGCAGUACAGUGUAAUAAGAGUAGUUCAAAACAGAGAAUUAAAGAUUUAUAUAAUCAUCUAUCUUCGACUAAUCUGUAAAAAUGUUCGCGGCCAGACCUUUGGUUUUCACCAUCUUGGUUUUAGGAAUACUUGACAUCACAGACGCCAUUUCACACAAAAGAGGAAAAGGUCGUCGGAUUAUACCUUCGGUUCAAGCCUAUCAGAAUCAAAAUUUGCCAACUCAACAACUACCACAACUACACGUUCCACACAACAAUUAUCACACUCCCUCGGACGUUUAUUCAACAGCUUCGGCACAAAGACAAUUGCCUGUUCGCCCAGCUGCCCCGAGACCUGGAAUAGUAGUAUUUGGUGUUGGGCCAAAUUCCCUUCAAAUACCUAACCAUUACUCCAAUUUCCCUGAAACGUCCUUCCAGAGUGGAAAAUCAAUUCCUCCAUCACUGCAAAACACAAAGGCAGCGAAUCCCGCAUUAAAGACAAAUCCGACCAUAUCCGUAAACCCUAAAUCGACAGUAACGUAUCAACAAAAUAUCGAUCCUGCAAAAUCACCCUAUCCUGUCCAGCAAGCUCAACUUACGAAACUCCACCAAUAUGGAAAAAAGCUUCCCACGGAUAAUCAACACCUCAAAAGUCAAUCUCAGUCUGCAGUUUCUAAUGUCUCUGUUGUCAAGUUGCCAGAAACCGUUCCAGUCUACAUUUCCCCUUUAAAAUCAACGAUUUAUGCAUCUGCGUACGUAUCUGAUUCUGCGAGCUAUCCAGAACAUAAUUCAUAUUCAAAAGGAGAAACGUUAAAAUACCAGACGACCCAACCAUCCAUUUCAAAACCUACUGUUUCUUCUACCUAUAAGGUAACAAAAGCCUACCCAUCAACCGAAAUUUAUUUGAAGACACCCACAAAAUCAGAGAUUACAACACCAUCCUCCGCAGCUGAAGUAAGUGAAUCUUAUGCACAGAAAGAACAUUCUUAUACUGAAAAGAAAGAAUAUAAUGUGGACAAAUUCAAGUUAAAGUAUUCAGGUUAUUCUGAAACCCCAUCAUCGAAAUAUGUGAAAUCUUCGCCCGCUACCGAAAACAAGAAGAAAGAAGAUAUCCCCAAAUCUCUUUAUUCCACACCACAAUACAAAACCGUGAGUGAUAAACCUUCAACGAGUAAACCACAUGAUGUUUCAAAUGUAGAGAAAGAAAAAUCGAAAACAACAGUUUAUCCUAUUCCUCAGUCCUACAAGAAAGCCGAGUCUCUGUCAGAUUACGAAGAAAAGAAGAAACUUUAUGCCCCAUCUUACGUUUCAAGUAGUUCUCAUGGCAAACAGGAACAAAAACCUUCAAAAGAAUCUUAUGACAAAAAGCUAUCACAAGUGUCGCAUGUGGACGAAAGUGAACCAAAGGUUUCAGUUCCUUCUGCCUCCCUCUCCCACAAGGAAGUUGAUUCUUCUCCGGACACUGAAAAUAAGAAGAAAUUUAAUUCCCCGAGUCUUCCUUCUUUUAGCUCGGAAGAAAAACCCUCAAGUGAACCUUACAAAAAGAAUAAAGAAUCUAACACCAGUGAAAGCAAACCGUUGAAAAAUCCAGGUUAUUCUGCCCCAGGAUUCUACAGAGAAAUCGAGUCUCUAUUACCACAUACCGAAGAUACUAAAAAACAAAAUGUUCCAAAUUACGUUCCUACUUCAAAACCUUACCAACCAAAGUCUGCGUCUAUUUCUCCAGUGACCAAAUCGCCAUAUUCCACACAAGAAUUAAAGUCUUAUCCUCAAACCGAGUCACCAUCAGUUCUUUUGACUAAGGCCACGGCGCCGUUGAAAUACUCAACUGAGUCUACAACCAAAACCACAACUAAAACAUAUAAAAUUCCUCCCCAAGAGAGAACAUCAUCCUAUUACAGUACUACAUCUAGGUAUGAGGAAUCCACCACCCAUUCCUCAUUGGCGACAUCUACACAUUUAACACAAAGGGGAUACACCAGCCCUACUUCUUAUGAGCAGAGUCCAAUUUCAACUACUCAAGGACAAAGCGACAGUAAUCAAUAUCCUGCUAAGGCUUACAACACGAAACCAACUUCAGUGCUUGUUCCUGGUGAAACACCUUAUGUUAGUUAUGCCAAUACUGGUCCAAGUUCUGUGGAUAAGUCAAACGAUCGAGUUUAUGUCAUUUCCGACCCAGUGGAACAUGAGAAUUCCUAUCAGAAGCAAGGAAAUUCCCCUAGUUAUCAAUCUGGUACCAGUACAGACCAGUAUCUAUCAGUUGAUGUUAGGCCGUCUUCAGCCAACCCAGUUUUGACUGAGUAUUCGUCUAUUGAAAAAAGCUCAAGUUCCACAAAUUAUCCAACAAUCAGCACGGGAAAUAAGUCAAAUUAUAAAACCCAACCCAUUGAAUCACCUGCUGAUUAUCUUUCCACUUACAACUCUAAACUAAAUGAAAAAGCUGACUCAUCCAAAUCUUUUGCAGCUAUCGCAGAGAACUAUAAAACUGGCGACCACGAUGGAUCUGAAAGUGAGGGAGAUUACUCUGCGAUUCCGGGAGAGCCUGGAACCGAUUAUCCCAUCUUUUCUGAACUUCCAAACAAUCAAUUUAAUUGUUCAGAGCAACGUCUGCCAGGCUAUUAUGCCGAUGUAUCUGCCCGUUGUCAAGUUUUCCAUAUUUGUUUAGGGGAUCGUCAAUGGAGCUUCCUCUGUCCAAACGGAACUAUUUUUAGUCAGGAACAUUUCGUCUGUGUUUGGUGGUAUGAAUUCGAUUGCUCCAAAGCAACAGGUCUCUACGAUUUAAACGAGAAACUUUUUGUGAUCUCCUCUGGCGAACAACAAAACGACGAGGAUAAAUAUGAAAACAAACAAUAUCCGAACUCUGCAGUCAGCAAAACUUUAACAAAAUCUGAUGAAGAUUACCGGUCAACUAAUACUAAAGAAGAGCGUGAUUUUGAGGCAUACAACUGAAUCACUAUCACAGAGAUAAUACGGUAAAAAGACAGAUAUAUUACAAAAUAAAGGUGUUUCUUGUGUUCCUUAUAUUAACCAAAAGUGAUUUUACUUACUUAAUUUUCUCUACAUAUUUGUGUGUACUAUUUUUAUGCAAAAAAUGAUGUUGAUGCGCAGCUGAUCUAUUUAAAAUCUACAAUAGUUUAAUGUGACUUGGGAACAACGCCAAUCUGGCUUUCGCCAGGCGAAUAUUCAGAAAUAUUUUAAAUUAAAAGUUCUAAAUAGCAUCAGCAGCCACAGAAAAGUUUAUUUUUAAAGGAAAACUGUCUCAUUUUGUAUAUGUUAUGCAAUUUUUCAAGAGGAAUCUCAAAAUGUAUACUUAUAAAUUUCACUGCAUCGAUGUACAUUGUUUCAGAUUUUAAAUACAAAUAUUUUACACUACA